CCCUCCCUCCUCUGCGUCUAGCCGCAGCACUUGGCUGCCGGGUGGCCUGCACACAUGCACAUAUAAACAACAGAGGUCAAUAGGACAAAAACGCUCGACACUUAUGUGUGGGGGGUACGCAUCUUACGUGGGGCAACGCCCACGGGAUCAACACGCGUCAGUGUGGUGAUGCGCCGGGAAACCAUCUGACCGAUGACACACAAAGCACGAACCAUUGAAGGCGAGUGUGUCACCACCCAUUCGCCCACACGUGAGGAGCAUUACUAGGUUUCUGUUUGCUCACCCUGGGCAACAGGUAGUGAGAAGUGAUUUUGGUCUGUAGCACCUUGACGCUCGUGACACGCUGACAGACACAGAUAGAAGCACAGACAUGCUUUGCUGCAUCCGUGUAUGUGUGUGUGUGUGUGUGUGUGUGGACAUCUUACGGCGAUGGGUAGCGAGGUGGAUCGGCACGGGCCCGACCGCCUGACAGACAAGACACCAGGCACCGAGAAACAAACAUGGCUGAGAUGCGGACACCAUUGCUGGGCAGUUCCUGUGGUCAAUAGUACAAAUACUCCCCACACUUAGGUGUGUGAGUGUGUGUGUGCAUCUUACGAGGGGCCACUUACGAGGGGCCACGCCGAGAGGUCCGGCAGGUGCGAGUGUGGUGAUCCGACGCGCCACCAUCUGACCGAUGAAACACAAAGCACCGAGUGUGCCAUCACCCCUUCAGCCUCCUAUGUGCUCACCCUCGGCAGCAGAUAGUGGGACGUGAUGUUAGUCCGCAGCAGCUUGACGGCCUUCACACGCUGACAGACAGACACAGCAGGAAGCACAGACAUGUUGCACACGUGUGUGUGUGUGUGUGUGUGUGUGAGUGCAGGCACACUGAUGAUGCCCUUACCUGGCUAGCGACAGGGAAACGCCAAUCAUACGGCACCUGCUGAACACAGAACCGACAUACGACGCAGAUGUUCGCAUGUACUCAGCACCCAUGUACCUGGCAGUGGAUGGGUCUCUUGUGCUCCGCCUCGUCGACGCCGGUGUUCAUCGGGAACGACACACCCCUACACGGACACACACGCCAAAACAGUGACCAUCAGCCAGUCGGAGGCAUGGAUGUCUUCUGGGGCUCUCCAGCCAGUCGGGUGACAGACCUCACCUGGCUCAUGAACGUCGACCUAUGACCGAAGAAGACCGACCCCUGCAGCCAGCAACAAACAGAGAGAGCGACCAAGGCCAUUUGGUGGCUUUGGUUUCGUCUUUCAUCCAUCGACCAAUUAAUACACCCACCUGGGAUCGUAACGAGUGGUGGCUUCCGAGAACUGCAAUGUGAAAGGCAGACGUACACCCCCCCACACACAUACGCAGACAGAAACAUGAUCAUACGAACCGCCCGCCAGUGUCUCUGUGAGUGAGUGAGUGUGCUUACACGGCGGGCCUCUGCUGUCCCCUCAGCGACCUUCUUGGCCUCGGCACUGUCGUCGAACGAUGCCUGCUCCUGCAGACAGUGCCGAGGAAGAGAUGCCUACCUCUCAGUGUGUGGAUGAGAUGCCAAGAGAAAGAGAGAGAGAUGCACACAGACUUGUGGCUGCAUACCUGGAUGGCAGCCUGCUGCUGCUCCUGGGUCUCGGUCUCUCGCACCGUCACGAACUGCUGGUACGAGAACGCCAGAACACACCACACAUGUCCACGCAUUCAUGUGUGUGUGUGUGUGUGUAUGCGCAUACCCUCUUACGUGCGGCAACGCUGACCGGUCCGGCAGGUGCGCGAGUGCAGAAGUAGUGCAGACAGGCCAGACACCCAAUGUCAUAUGUGUAACAGCCGUCCGUAUCCGUCAGUGGGUCCACUCACCGCUGCCGAAGUGGCUGUCGUCGCCUUGGUAGCCCAGAAACCAGCUGGGGUGGCUGUGAAGUGGGUGGGCGUAUUGCCGGCCGAAGUCCAUCCACCAGAAGUCUGCAUCAAUCGAUACACACAGCCCAACACACAAGGGUGUCUGUGUGUUCGUUUGUCGAUAAUGUAUUGCCCCCGCACCCACCGUCGUCGUGGGGCUGCUGGUUGUCUUGGGGCGAGGGUACGAAUGAAACAUGAGCCACAGGAUAUAAAAUGUAGACGGCGAUUUUCUUCUGAGACCAUAUGAGCAAACAUAUACGACCGUCGACAGGGUGUUUGUGCACACACAUUCGGGCCCUGUCUGGUCACUCAGCCACACGUACCUUGCUGCCUCUCCUCCUGCUGCUUCCGCUGGUCUUCCAUCUGGCCGCCGUCUGCCGCCUCCCGCUGCUCGUCUGCAGACAGGCCAGACACCCAAUGCCAUAUUUGUAAGUAACAGCCGUCCGUAUCCGUCAGUGGGCCCACUCACCGCCGGCAGAUGAGUUGUCGUCGCCGUAGUAGCCGAGCACAGCACAUUCAUCCGCAGCAAGUCUUGAGAGACGGGCCUGCUCAUACACACAGAGAGAGAUAAAUAGAAGGGACCGAUAGAAAUGUACCCCACACACUGUGCGUGUGUGUGUGUGUGUGUGGACAUCUUACGGCGAUGUGUGGCGGGUUGGAUGUGUGAGGGCAAAAAGGUCUGACAGACAAGACACCAGACACCGAGAAACAAACAUGGCUGAGAUGCGAUGCGGACACCAUUGCUGAGCAGUUCCUGUGGUCACUCCACCCACCGGCAGGCGGUAGCCGACUGUGCGUCUGGUGGUUCUCUGACAACACACAGCAGGGAGCAGAUGCGUUGAUGCGCCGCGCCCAUCAGCCAUUAAUGCAUUCACAAUGUCCUCACCACCACCACGGACGGCCGCAGCUCUGUCCACGAUAGACCCCACAGGUACAUGUACACCUUGGGCUGCACUGGCGCCGCCUGCUGCUGCUGUUGCUGGUUGAUCUGAUUGACACACGACACACACGGAGGGAGGGACAAUUGGGGAGAUGCGCGUGUGCAGUCGAGUGGAUGAUACCAUGAUGGGGGCCGCCUGCUGCUGGUCGUCCUGCUGCUGCUGGUCGUCCUGCUCGUCAGCCGCCUCCUCUGCAGACAGACAGACAGAGACCCCAUGAGCAAAGAAUGUCGACAGGGUGUUUGUUCACACACAUUCGGGGCCUGUCUGGUCAAUCAGUCCUGCGUACCUUCCUGCCGCUUCUCCUGCUGCUGCUGGUCCACGGCGCCGCGGCGCUCGGCCUCCUGCUCCUCGUCUGCUGCAGACAGGCCAGACACCCAAUGUCAUGUGUGUAAGUGACAGCCGUCCGUAUCCGUCAGUGGGCCCACUCACCGCCGGCAGAUGCGUAUGUCUGUAUGCAUUUGUAUGUAUGGGUACACUUAUGCAAUGCAUCACAUAGUACUCAGUAAGUCUGGUGAGGGAGUUAGCCAAUGAGGGAGUCGGCAGCCGGGCAGGCAGACAGACAGACAGGCAGCCAGACAGCCAGACAGACACCCACCCACACAGCGCAGCACAGUCAGCGGCAGCACGUCUUCGCCAGCGACGGGCCUGUUCACACAGAGAGAGAUGAACAGAAGGGACCGAUACAAAUCUACCCCACACAAUGUGUGUGUGUGUGUGUGUGUGUGGACAUCUUACGGCGAUGUGUGGCGGUUUGGAUGUGUGAGUGCCCAAAGGUCUGACAGACAAGACACCAGGCACAGAGAAACAAACAUGGAUGGGGUGCGGACACCAUUGCUGAGCACUUCUUCUGAUCUCCACCCACCGGCAGGCGGUAGCCGACUGUGCGUCUGGUGGUUCUCUGACAACACACAGCAGGGAGCAGAUGCGUUGAUGCGCCGCGCCCAUCAGCCAUUAAUGCAUUCACAGUGUGCUCACCACAACAACGGGCGGGCGCAAUUGGGUCCAGGCCUGGCUCCACUGGUAGACGUACUUGUGCUGCACAGAUCGACAGACGACAGACAGAUGGAUAAACAUGGAGGGAGGGAGGGGCGUGUGUGCAGUCGAGUGGAUGAUACAUACCUGGAUGGCCGCCGGCUGCUGCUCGUCCUGCUGCUCGUCGUCCUGCUCGACGGGCCCCUCCCUCUCGGCCGCCUCCUCUGCAGACAGACAGACACACAGACAGACAGACGCAGACCAUAUGAGCAAACAUAUACGACCGUCGACAGGGUGUUUGUGCACACACAUUCGGGCCCUGUCUGGUCACUCAGCCACACGUACCUUGCUGCCUCUCCUCCUGCUGCUUCCGCUGGUCUUCCAUCUGGCCGCCGUCUGCCGCCUCCCGCUCCUCGUCUGCAGACAGGUCAGACACCCGAUGUCAUAUGUGUAACAGCCGUCCGUAUCCGUCAGUGGGCCCACUCACCGCCGACGAAGUGGCUGUCGUCGCCUUGGUAGCCCAGGAACCAGCUGGGGUGGCUGCGCACUGGGUGGGCAUAUUGGCCGUUGAAGCCCACCACCCACCAGAAGUCUGCAUCAAUCGGUACACACAGCCCAACACACAAGGGUGUCUGUGUCUUCGUUUGUUGAUAGCGUAUUCCCCCACCCACCGUCCUCGUCCUGGUCGCCCUCGCCCUGCUCGCGGUCUCCCCGCUGCUCGAAGUGCUGGGCGAACUCCUCGUCGUCGUGCCGCUCGUCAUCUGAACAAACAUCAGACCAGCAGGGCAUGACCAUGAGGCAGGCGCGCUGAGACCAGGCACACUCAAAUGGUACCCGCGGCCUCUUCGUUGUCUUCCUCGUCCUGCUGGCGCUGCUGGUGGGCUGGCUGGGCUUGCUGCUGCACCCACCCAACCAACCGCACACAGGCGACAAAAGGGCAAUGUGUGUGUGUGUGUGUUUGGGUGCGUCACGACACUGCUGAUUCUCUCGUGUGUGCAUACCUUGGCCUUGGCCAUGGCUGUCGGUGAGGCCGGGAGGGACUCCUGCACACAUGGGAGACAACGGCACGAUCGUCAGAGUGUUUGGCUGCCCUUCGUGCCAUUCUGGCUCACGUACCCUCGUGCUCAU